UCAUUAUCCUCUCAGCGGGACACAGGAGAGUCGAAGACAUCUUCACCAGGGGGCGGUUGUUAGCUCUGGAGGCCAUGUUUACGCUGUGUACAUUUUUCGCGCUCUUCCUGAGCGCGGUCUACUGUCAGUUCCCGAGGUUAUGUACGACAAGGUCAGCUCUUCGGUCAAAGACUUGCUGCCCACCGUGGAAGGAUCGCAGCCCCUGUGGAUCACGAUCUGGACGUGGCCAGUGCAGAGAAGGUGUGGUUUUUACGCCCCUGGACGCCAGCCGAGCUCGCCAGUUUUACGAUGACCGAUUGGACUGGCCACGUUUUUACUACGACAGAACUUGUGAAUGCUUCGGAAACUACAGUGGCUUCAACUGCGGCCGGUGUAAAUAUGGAUACUACGGCGACAAGUGCGAUCGCGAAAAAAAAUGUGUGGUUCGGAGAGAGAUCCGCCAGCUCUCGUUUUUGGAAAGGAAGAGGUUUUUUAGUUACUUAGCGUUGGCCAAAACCACAAAAAGUGCAGAUUUUGUCAUCCUGUCCACGGGGGACAGACACCUCCGGGACACGUACCGCUUCGUGGACGCCACCAUUUACGAUGUCUUUGCCUGGAUCCAUUAUUACUCCAUGAAGCCCAUUCUACUCAACAGCACAUUUGAUUUUAGCAGAAACUACGCCCAUAAGGGUCCGGCCUUCCUCGGCUGGCAUCGUUUGGGUCUCGUGUUCAUAGAGGGGGAAAUUCAGCGCCUGACGGGUGAUGAAGAUUUCGCCAUUCCUUACUAUGACUGGAGAGGAGAAAAGAACUGCUCCAUCUGCACCAAUGAAUUUCUUGGCGCAAGCAAUGCACAAGGCUUCCUGGACAAUGACUCCCACUUCGCAUUUUGGAAAUCUAUUUGCAGCGGGUUCAAUUAUCCUGAUGCCUAUUGCCAAACUGCUGGGGACCAGUGCCAGAUGGAGAGACUCCACAGGAAGCCGGGUUCAGAUCCCCAGUUUAAAAGUCUCCCCACCUUCCAGGAUGUAGAGGACACCCUGAAAUGGACAGACUUCGAUAGAUUCCCCUACAAUGCUAGUGCACAGAGGAGCUUCCGGAACACUUUAGAAGGUUUCCUGAGACCAUCGGAUGGGACAACACUGGAGCGCAAUAUGCACAACACGGUUCACUUUUAUUUGGGGGGAACGAUGGCUCAGGUCCCCAUCUCCGCCAACGACCCCAUGUUCCUGCUGCAUCACUGCUUCAUUGACAAGAUAUAUCAAGUAUGGCAGCAGAAAUAUAACGCGACCCCAGCCGACUACCCAGAAAAUGAUGAGCCCGGACAAGGCCCCGAUGAAUGUACCACCCCUUACUUUCCAUGUUAUAGGAACAAGGAUUUUCUGAGCAGUUCUACUGAGCUAGGAUACAUGUACUCUGAGUAUCAGGGGAUGUAAGGUAUCUCCCUUAAAGGGAAUGUCUUUGUAGCAAUGCUUGGUGUUGUUCUUGCCUUCUUGUAAGUUUUCCUGUUACUGUAUCCUCCCCUCUGCUGCCAUAUGUCCUGCUCCUGGGAUAGAUGAGCAUUUUAAGGAUGGUAGUCGCCCAGUUUUUAACUAUUGGUAAUUAGUCUUCUUAUGCAGGGAUUCGUCCCCUGCUCCUGUGUCACUAUGAACACAACUUCUUCCAUGAUGAGUCCCACUUUGCAUUUUGGAAAGUGAGUAUUAUUAAUCUUUGCUUUGCAUAUUAUGAACUCAUUUUUUUAAGUCCCAUUGUGUCUUAUAUUCUAGGCCAGGGAUGCCCAACCUGCGGCCUGCCAGCUGUUGCAAAACUACAACUCCCAGCAUGUCUCAACAGACUACAGCUAUCAGCCUACAGCAGGGCAUGGUGGGAGUUGUAGUUUUACAACAGCUGGUUAAGCAUUCCUGUUCUAGGCACAUCCAGAGCUGCAUUCAUAAUUCUGCUAGAUCUAGCAAUUCAGGUUCAUACCCCAAAGUAGUCCCCUUCUGGUUCAGUGUCUAUGUAUUGUACUGCAUUGCUGGAGAUAUAGGGUUCACUCCAGGUCCCAGAUAUAACAGCCUGACCUAAAAGGUAAGCUCCUGGGACCUAAUACAAAUCAGUACCAGGGUCCCCACCCCACA